AUGCUACCGCCAAGGCAGAGUAUGCUGAGUAAAGCCCGGAUGGCUGCCAGCGAGUGUGCCGUUAUACCCUUCUUGUCCACCGAUUUUGAGGCAAAAAGAGAAGAGGCUUGGAACGAGAGCAAGCCUGUUGUCAACUCUCUCCCAAAGCCUCGGAGGGGCGUAGUCACGGCCUUUCUACCAACUUAUGCUUGCUAUAUCCUAAUACAAGCUGUGAUUAAUAAUUACCCACAAAUGCCCAUCAACUAA